AUGUCUUCCGCAGAUCAAAUCAUAGCCAGCCUCCAGGGCAUCAGCGCUGCUUCAUUUCUUGACGAGCCGGAGCGUAUUCGCGCUCGAGACGCUCUGUUCCAUGCGCUGAGAAAGGUCCAGUCGCCCUGGGAGAUUGCCUGGGAUCAGAGCUGGGCUUGCGUGGCAACAACCGCGUGCGUCAAGACACUGAUCGAUGCAGGCGUCUUUAAGAAGUGGUCCGAGGUGGGCGGCGGCCCUAUCACCUGUGUGAAGCUAGCCGAGAUGACGGGUGUUGACGAGGUUCUCCUCCGAAGAAUUAUGCGCACUCUUUCUGGACAGCUGCUUGUCAUUGAAGUGGCCGAGGACACAUAUGAGCGGACACCCUUGGCUAUUGCCUUGGCUGAUGACCCCCCGUUUGCGGGAAUCUACGGUGGCUUCUACCAUGAUGCAACCAGUCCCAUGUUCCGCACGCUGCCGGCCUACCUUAAGAAGACGGGCUACCGAAACCCGACCGACGUGAAUGAAUGCAACUUCCAGUAUUGCCAGGGCAACGCAACUGCCAGCUUUUUUGAAUACAUUGGCGCUGACCCGCUGCGGACAUCUGAUUUUAAUGACGCUAUGGAGUGCCUAUCCAAGUAUAACUCGUUUCCCUGGACUGAGGUGUACCCAUCCGACAGCAUCGUCGCCGCCGCCAGGCCUGGCAUCCCGCUGGUUGUCGACAUCGGCGGCAGCAAAGGUCACGACCUGCGCAAGUUCCUCUCCCGAUAUCCAGACCUCCCGCCGGGAAGUCUCGUGUUGGAAAAUUUGCCCAUACUCUUGAAAUCCGUCGACAUAGGCGACAAUAGUGCUUCUGCCAUUUCAGUGCAGCCACAUGACUUUUUCACCCCCCAGCCAGUCGUUGGUGCCCGUGCCUACUAUAUGCAUCACAUUUUGCACGACUGGCCCGACGACAAAGCCAUUCGCAUCAUGAAGACGCUCGCCCCGGCCAUGGAGAAGGGCUAUUCGCGCCUGCUCAUUCACGAGAGUUUGGUUAGCAAAAUCCGGCCUCUUUCGAGUGUUACCGUGUCCGACAAUACACAAAUGAUGACCUUGGUCGCCGCCUCCGAGAGGACAGAAGAGCGAUGGGAAGAGCUCAUCAGCAGCGCCGGGCUACGGCUAAUCAAGAUUUGGAGGCCGGAACAUUCUAUUGAGGGCAUCAUAGAGGAAGAAGUUGCUUGA